AUGGCACCGAUCCGCCGGUAUCUCCGCAUCACGAAGUACUCGGUGCUCGAGUGUCGGAUCUACCUCGACAACCCGGCUCUCGCACAGAGUUGGCUGUUGAAUCCCAGAAACCCCGUCCUGCCGAGGGUCAUCGAGAGCGUUCGCCCCCUCGUAUUGCCAAAGCUGCGCGAGGAGAGAGAACGCGCGCGAAAGCGGAGCACUAGGAAGAAGAACAUCAAGGAUGUCGUCGUUGAAGACGACUUCGAGGUUUCGAUAUUCCUCACCGAGACCACCACGCGCCACUCCCUGUUGACGAAACACAAGCACUUCCACGAUACGACCCAGACCAAGCUAACCUCCAACAAUGCGGGCCGUCUGAUCACCGCGACCAACGAAGCGCCCAUCGACGUGGAUCUGCUACAAGACGCGGCUGCCGUCGCCUUGCGACGCGAGGAUAGCGAAGACGAUGCGCCGCCGAUAGCGCUAGCCGACAUACCAACUGUAGAUGACACGGCGGCUACCGUGGGCCGACCUAAGCGGGCGCGGAGGAGCACGGCGGACACAGAACAGAGUAGCAGCGAGCAUGACGCAAGAGACAGCGGCUUUGAGGUCAUAUCCUCGGAUGAAGAGGAUGCAGCGGCAGCGGCGCGCCCGCCCCCUCACAAGCGCCGCAAGGACACCCUGGGGGUUGUUGCUGAUGCUGAUGGGGGCGGCGAUGAUGACAAAAAGAAACUCACCAUGGACGUCACAUAUGAGGGCUUUUCCAUUUACGGCCGCGUGCUUUGCUUGGUCGUUAAGCGCCGUGAAGUUGAGCAUUCCGCAACGGGACGUAACAGCAGCAGGCCGGCCCCCAUGGCAUUGGGGGCGGCUGGAGGGCAGACCAUUAUGGAGAACUUCAUCAUCUCAACGCAAAUGCCUGCGGGCGAAGAUGCCGCGUAG